AUGUAUUGAGUACAGAGGUCAUCUGCGACCUCCUGGCCCUACCUACAGGGCCCCCCCUUGUCCAGCUAUUACAUAGUGCAAUCCCGCAGCACGAGGCGGGCGGCACAGCUAUCUUGGCUCGCAUUGCUGGUAUUUCCAACCUUGCCACCUCUCUCUCUCUCUUUUCCGGCUCUGCAUUCCGGGGCCUUCCGUCAUCGUCAUCGCUCGUCACGGGAAGAAACCGACGGCCUCGUCAGCCCGCCAACACCAACCGGCCAGGUGUCCUUUGCUUUCCCCGCCAGCCGCAUCGCCACGCCACGAACACCUCGAUGGCAGAGAGAACCGAAAGGUUGACAACUUCGACUGUUCCUCUUUCUCGACUGACCUCCCACGCCUCGCAGCAGCCGCGGUCGAACAAACCAACCAACCAACCAACCUGCCCCCCCGCCACCUACGCGAACAUACCCAGAUUAGCACGCGUGACGCACGAAGAGCCGCCGUCGCUCAUAUCGACCACUCAAAAUAUGACCUAGGUUGGUGCCCUGCCACCUCGCCGUGCAAAGAAGUCGACCAGACUAUAACGAAUACCCGAUUCAACACGCCGCUGGCCUCCCUCCUCUCCUAGGCUAGGCACAAAUCAUCGCUCGAGAGCCCCGGCCGCUGGUGGUAUAUUCUAGCGACUCGACCCAACACACACGCGCACACACACACACGCACGCACGCACGAACAUAUACACAAUGCAUCUCGCCUCGCCCUCGUCUCCCCUCCUCCCGCUCCUGGCCCUCGCAUCCCUCCUCGUCCCGGGCGCCGGCGCGCAGCCCAAGGGCAAGCCGAGCUCCAAGGACGCGAUCCUGCUGUCGGGCGUGCAGACGCUGACGCUGCGGGGCGGGGGCGCGCGGACGGCGCACCGGCGGGUGGCCGCGGUGCCGCAGCUGCGGUGCGUGUCGUCGCCCGCCGGCGUCUGCGGCCUGCACGCGGUCGACGUGAUGCGAUGCGACAACCGCGGCGGCGGCUACGGCGGCCCCGAGGACGUCCACUGGUCCUGCGCCGCCGCCCUGCCCCCCGAGCUCCGCCUCGGCCCCACCGACGUCCAGUGCGAGGGCUACCGCGCCCCCGACGACCCCUACGUCCUCCGCGGCAGCUGCGCCGUCCAGUACCGCCUCCUCCUCACCGAGCUCGGCGAGCGCCGCUUCCCCCACCUCGUCCCCGGCGCCCCCGGCCGCCUCGCCCGCUGGUUGGACCGCGCGCCCUCCGUCGCCUUCGGCGUCCUCUUCGCCCUCGUCUGCCUCUGGAUCGUCUACAGCGCCUGGUUCGCCGCCGACGGGAACCGCCAAGGCCCUCCCCCCGCGAACCGCAGGCCCAGGAGAACUUGGUGGGGCGGCGGCGGAGGCGGGUUCGACCCGGGCUUCGGUCCAGGAGGUGGCGGCGGCGGCUAUUGGGCCGAUCCCCCGCCCCCUUACCCGGGCACCGACAAGUCGUGGGGCGCACAGAACCAAGGGUGGCGCCCCGGGUUUUGGUCGGGUCUAGCCAGCGGUGCGGCAGCAGGCUACAUGGCGGGUAACCGCGGCGGAAACAAUAACCGGCGAGAAUCGCGCGGCUACGGCUGGGGGGCGGGGCCGUCAAGCUCCUCCUCCUCCUCCUCUUCCCGGUCGGAGGCACGCUCGACAUCCUCAGCGAGAUACGAGAGCACGGGCUUCGGUACCACCAGUAGAAGAUAG